CACUGGGCCAUAACAACACACAACUAUAAUUUUUGAAGAAAAUUAUCGUAUUUUUUCAAAGAAAAUGUGAUAAAAAGGCUCAUGGAUUAGUUUAUUUCACCAAUAAGAUUGUAAUAGGAAUUCAGACAAUAGUUUAUUGGAAAGAUGUCUACGGCACCUGUGCCACCCAUAAAUGGCCAUCAAGGCACAAAUGGAGUUCUAAAUGGGGGAACACCAAGGGAAAAUGGAAUAACCAAUGGAACAACAAAUGGGGAAACCCCCAGAAGCAGGGGCAAGCUGGGAGGGAUAGGACCUGAUGGCUAUCCCCGCCUGCCCCCCAUCACCAAACCGAGUCAAAGAGUUGAUGACCCCUACGCCAACAGCAAGCUCAUGAAAUUUAGACUUGCCAAUCACAAACAAGCAAUGUUGAUGAAGAUUCUACAUGAUCAGGCAGAAAAAGACUUAUUGGACACAGAAGAAUUCUGUGAGAAACAUCCAGAUAAAGAUGCUAACCCAGAUUAUCCUCAAGAGAUGAUGAGUAAGGAACGCAGAAUAAGGUUAAACUAUCAAUACCUGAAGAAGUGUGUGGAGGCAGGGCCAGUAACUCCUGUACAGCGUCACUGGAACGACAACAUUCUACAGAUGGUCCCGGAGAGGCUGCAGCAGAACCCAGCUCUACAGGCCUCCAUCAGGGACCUGUUCGCCGAGGUCAAGGAGGACUACAACGCCAGCAUGAAAAAAUCUAUGGUACAACAUGUCCUGAUAAAGCCCGAAGUGAAGGGAUUAGACAAUGAUGUGGCAGGGCCCCCGCCAUCAGAACCAAGUGGACUGGACUACUCUCGGCCAUGGCACGAUAGUUACGUGGCGGCCAGACAGAACAUCAAGGAGAACCUACACACCCUCCACCCCUCUAUGCAGACCGUCCUCAGGAUGUGUCAGUCUACACUGGGCAACAUGAUCCUUGUAGACUGCUCAAACUUCAGAGCCAAUGGACCAGUAGAAUUUGAGUCCUUUAAGAACACCCUUAUUCUGGAUCUAGAGAAAACAGAGGAUAAAUUGAACAACAGCUGGUUCCCUGGCAUUAUCAAUGUCUUUGCAGACAAGAACACAUUUGUUUCACCCAAGGCUGAAAAGCUGGACUCAUUCUUUGAAUGUGUGACAACACUGAUCUCAAACCAGCUGAAGGAUUUACUAGUGAGAACCAUUGACAGUUACGUCACUCUGUUUGAUCCUAACGACAAGUCCAAGCUGCCUCUGAUGAAGAUGGAGCUGACCUUUGAUGACCAGAAAAUGCAGUUUUAUCCCCCAAAGGAAGAUUUAGAGGAGACCGCCCUCUUUGUGGUCAACCACAUCUGUAAGGCCAUGCAGCAGGUGCCCACCGUCCAGUCAUGGUUAGCCGGUGGCAGCACGGUCAACCACACAGACGCCACCGUGGCAGAGCAUGUGGUUAAAGCCGCAGUUCAGACGUUGAAGGAGGCAGUGAAGAGGGAAUUUGAAGGGCCACAGUUACACCUAGAUUCAUUUGUAAAGAGGUAUGACUACAUCGUGAAUGGAGAAGCCCUGAAAGAAAUUCAAGAAUACGUGAAAUAUGAGCACACUUUUGCUGAGUAUCAGAAACAUAUUGAUAGAUACAGAAAUCUUGCCAGUGAGAUCAUGGGACUGCCGAGUAUAGAACACUUUGACAUGAUUCGUCUGGAUUGCGAGGACCUGAAGCGAGGAUUGGCUGAGGCCGCCCGAGGACUCGCUGACGAACUCCUUAGAAAAGUCUCCGACGACCACAGAGCUGAAAACAAGAGCAUUUGUGAGGAAUUCCAGACAAUCAGAGACAAGGCUCUGAAAACCCCCGAUUCCAGUGAAGAGUUGAUGGAAAUGGUGAAGUUCACACAGGAGGCUAGAACCAGUGGAAUGGUGAAACUGAAUGAACGCAUCAAGGAGUCUAAGGACCGGCUGGCCUAUCUUAUUGAUGUGUACAUGUUCCCACCAGAGGACAUUGAACUGAACUGUGAGGUUCUGACCUGGCCAAAUAGAAUCUCACCAGUCUUUGAUGAAAAUGACGAGCUGAUAGAGAAAUCUAAACAAGCAGGAGAGCGCCAGUUAUUGGAGAAGAGAGAGAAGGUAAUAGCAGAGCUGGAGAAACUCCGACAGCGUGUGGAUGAAUUUAAUGAUUACGGUGAACUGGACAUGAUGACCCAGUACGUACAAGAUGUCCGCGCUGUACAGAAACGUCUGGCCGAUGUACAGGAACAAAUCAGCUUCAUUAACAAGGAAGAACAUCUGUAUAAGUACCCCAUCUCCACUUAUCAAGCUGAUGUGGAUGAAAUCACAAGUCAAGUGGAGCCCUUCUACAGACUCUUCAACAUUGUGCUCAAGUGGCAGAAAGCCGAGAAAAAAUGGAUGGAUGGAGCUUUCAUGGACCUGGAUGCAGAACAAGUGGAGGGUGAGGUGGAUGAAUACACCAGAGAGAUCUACAAAGUCCAGAAGGUGUUCAACUCGAGGCUCAAGAAAAUCCAGAUGGAGGUCGACGAUCGAAACCGCGAACGAAAGAAGCGAAGGCGUCACGCCGAGGAAAGCGGGCAGGAGAUUGCCCCAGAGGAUCAGGACGAGGUCGUGGUUACACCUCAGGGAAUGGAGAUCUGUACCAAGGUCCAGGACAGCAUGAGAGACUUCAAGGAAAAUGUUCCCAUCAUCGGUGUUAUGUGCAACAAGGGUAUGCGACCUCGUCAUUGGUCCAGAAUGUCUGAACUCAUGGGCUUCGACAUCACACCCAACGCAGGAACUACGCUUCGUAAAGUCCUUAAAUUGGAAAUUGCUCCUCACAUGGAGAUGUUCGAGGGCAUCAGUGCAGCUGCCACCAAGGAACACUCCUUGGAGAAGGCCAUGGCUAAGAUGAUGGAGGACUGGGACACCAUUAACUUUAAUCUGAUCGCAUACCGUGACACAGGAAUCAGCAUCCUGUCCUCAGUGGACGAUAUCCAGACCACACUGGAUGAUCAGAUCGUAAAGACCCAGACCAUGAGGGGCUCACCAUUCAUCAAACCCUUCGAAACAGAAAUCAAGGAAUGGGAGGAGAGGCUGCUGAGAAUCCAGGACACGAUUGACGAGUGGCUGAAGGUGCAGUCCCAGUGGCUGUACCUGGAGCCCAUCUUCUCCUCCGAGGACAUCAUGCAGCAGAUGCCAGAGGAGGGGCGACUGUUCCAGAUCGUGGACAAAAACUGGAAGGAUGUGAUGAGGCACACCACCAAAGACCCCAAGGUGUUGGUAGCAACCAAUCUGCCAGGUCUGUUGGAAAAACUUCAAGACAGCAAUGGUCUUCUGGAUAAGAUCAUGAAGGGACUGAACGCCUACUUAGAGAAGAAACGUCUCUUCUUCCCACGAUUUUUCUUCCUGUCCAACGAUGAAAUGUUGGAAAUUCUGUCCGAAACCAAAGACCCACUUAGAGUGCAGCCGCACUUGAAGAAGUGCUUUGAAGGCAUUGCCAAAUUGGAAUUUGAUAGUAAACUGGACAUUCAUGCUAUGUUUAGCAGUGAAGGAGAGAAAAUCAAGUUGGUACAGACAAUAUCGACCUCGGAGGCCAGAGGGGCUGUAGAGAAAUGGCUGCUGCAAGUACAGGAUGUCAUGUUGGCUUCUGUCAGGGAUGUGUGUGCACACUCCAUGGAGGCGUACGCCAUUGAGGCGCGUAUUGACUGGGUCCGAGACUGGCCCGGUCAGGUGGUCCUAUGUGUGUCUCAGGCCUACUGGACACAGGAGGUUCACGAGGCCAUCAGAGGGGGACCGGGGGGACUGAAGGAUUACUGGGACAAACUGCAGGCCCAGCUGGGAGAUAUUGUGGUCCUGGUGCGAGGAAAACUCUCCAAACAGACGCGUACCACACUGGGGGCCCUGGUCGUCAUUGAUGUACACGCUAGAGAUGUAGUGCUACAGAUGGCUGAGAAGGGUGUCUCCUCUGAAAAUGACUUUGCCUGGUUGGCUCAGCUCCGCUACUACUGGGAGGAAGAAAACAUGAGAGUCAGGAUGACCAAUGCUACAGUAAAGUAUGCUUAUGAAUACCUAGGUAACACACCCCGAUUGGUCAUCACUCCACUGACUGACAGGUGUUACAGGACUCUGAUUGGUGCAUUCCAUUUGAAUCUGAAUGGGGCUCCUGAGGGGCCAGCAGGAACUGGAAAGACAGAGACCACUAAGGAUCUGGCCAAGGCUUUGGCUGUCCAGUGUGUGGUGUUUAACUGCUCUGAUGGCUUGGAUUACCUGGCUAUGGGAAAAUUCUUUAAAGGUCUGGCUUCAGCUGGUGCCUGGGCUUGCUUUGAUGAAUUCAACAGAAUUGAUCUGGAAGUCUUGUCUGUCAUUGCCCAGCAGAUUUUGUGCAUCAUCCGUGCCGUGAGAGCAAAGGUCGAUGUCUUCAUCUUUGAGGGCACAGAGCUGUCCCUGAAUCCCAACUGUUACGUGUGCAUCACCAUGAAUCCAGGUUAUGCCGGCCGUUCGGAGCUUCCAGACAACCUGAAGGUGUUAUUCCGGACAGUGGCUAUGAUGGUUCCGGACUACGCUAUGAUUGCCGAGAUUUCCCUGUACUCGUUCGGUUUCCAGAAUGCCAGGAACCUCUCUGUUAAGAUCGUGACUGUGUACAGACUCUGCUCUGAACAGCUGUCCUCACAGUUUCACUAUGAUUACGGAAUGAGGGCUGUAAAGGCUGUCCUGUCAGCUGCUGGAAAUCUCAAACUCAGGUUCCCCGACGAGGAUGAGGAUAUUCUGUUGCUGAGAUCUAUUAUUGAUGUCAAUCUUCCCAAGUUCUUGUCCCAUGACAUUCCCCUGUUUAAUGGUAUCACAUCUGAUCUGUUCCCCGGGGUCAAGCUUCCAGAGGCUGACUACAAGGUCUUCUUAGACGCCAUGACAAGAGUAGCGGCCAAGAAAAACCUACAGUUUGUGGAUUUCUUCCGAGAGAAACUCAUCCAGACCUAUGAAAUGAUGAUAGUCAGACACGGCUUCAUGUUGGUGGGUGAACCAUUUGGCUGUAAGACAAUGGUCAUAGAAACACUGUGUGAGGGAAUGACCUUACUGAAUGAAGAGGGACAUGAUGAAGACUAUGAGAAAGUCUUAUACAGAAUCAUCAAUCCCAAAUCCAUCACCAUGGGUCAGCUGUUCGGACAGUUUGACCCCGUUUCUCAUGAGUGGACAGACGGUGUAGUGGCCAAUACAUUCAGAGAAUUUGCUUCUACUGACACUCCAGACAGAAAGUGGGUUGUGUUUGAUGGACCAAUUGAUGCCUUGUGGAUUGAAAACAUGAAUACAGUGUUGGACGAUAAUAAGAAACUGUGUCUGAUGAGUGGAGAAAUUAUACAGAUGUCAAAUCCCAUGAGUCUUAUCUUUGAAACAAUGGAUUUAGCUCAGGCCUCGCCAGCCACAGUGAGUAGAUGUGGUAUGGUGUACUUAGAGCCCACUACCCUGGGCUGGCGACCAAUAGUCAAGUCCUGGAUUGAAGCCUUUGGAGAAAUCAUGGCGCGGGAGUCUGGUGAAGUUGUCCAUGACAUGUUUGAAUGGCUGGUCGAUCCUUGUCUAGACUUUGUCAGGAAAAAUACUAAAGAGUAUCUAGGGUCAAAACAGGCCAAUCAGGUCCGAUCUCUGAUGUACAUGAUAGACAUGUUGAUGUCUGAGACACUGAGCAAGGAGGAUGCUAAUGAAAAUAAGCACAUCAAGAACUACACCAUGAGUGCCAUGAUUUUCUCCAUCCCGUGGAGCAUUGCUGCUGUUGUAGACAAUGAUGGCCGACAGAAGUUUGACACGUUCUACAAGGAACUGCUGGGUGGAAAAAUUGACAGUGCCCCUGUACCUAAAUCAGUGGGCAAAUUUGAUGUCCCCAUGCCAGAGGCCAUGAACUGUUAUGAUGUCUUCUUUGAGUUUAAGGCCAGAGGUACCUGGCACCACUGGAAUGACCUCAUUAAAGGUCAGGAGAGUAAAGCCAAGAAAAUCCGAGAAAUGUUGGUCCCCACCAUGGACACUGCCAGAUACACCUAUCUGUUAUCUCUCUGUAUUGAACAUGACAGACCCAUCCUGUUUGUGGGCCCUACUGGUACUGGUAAGAGUGUGUACGUCCAGGACAAACUAAUGAACCACCUAGAGAAGGACAGAUAUCUCCCAGCCUUCGUCAAUUUCUCCGCCCAGACGAGUGCUAACCAGACCCAGAACAUCAUCAUGUCACGUCUGGACAAGAGGAGGAAGGGGGUGUUCGGACCACAGAUGGGGAAGAAGGCUAUCAUCUUUGUUGAUGAUCUCAACAUGCCCCAGAAGGAGGUUUAUGGAGCCCAGCCCCCUAUAGAGCUACUGAGGCAGUAUAUUGAUCACGGAUACUGGUAUGACUUGAAAGAUACCAGCAAGAUAACACUACAAGACGUCCUGUUCUUGGCGGCCAUGGGACCACCAGGUGGUGGCAGGAACGAUGUCACCGCACGAUUCUUACGUCAUUAUAAUAUCGUCGGAAUAAAUCCAUUCAGUGAAGAAACCAUGAUUAAGAUUUUCUCUAUUCUUUUGACUACCUACUUAAGGCAAGGAGAAUUUUCUACGGAGUAUUAUGCCUUGGGUAACCAGAUUGUAGCAGCCACCAAUGACAUGUAUAAGCAGGCUAUAGCUAACCUAUUGCCGACACCAGCUAAAUCCCACUAUGUCUUUAACUUGCGAGAUUUCUCCAGAGUCAUUCUUGGAAUCUGUUUAAUAAAGAAAAAUGAGGUGGAAAGCAAGAGAACUAUGAUUAGAUUGUGGGUACAUGAAGUGAUGAGAGUGUUCUAUGAUCGUCUGACAGAUGAUGCUGAUAGAGCCUGGCUAUUUAAGAGCACAGGCAGUGUAUGUAAGGAAUACUUCAAGGAGAGUUUUGAUGUCAUCUUUGAACACUUGGCAGGAGAUGGCACAGGCGAGGGCAAGGUUCGUGAGGAGGAUCUAAGAUCUUUGAUGUUUGGGGAUUACAUGAACCCUGACGCGGAGGCAGAUGAGAGGGUGUACCUUGAGGUCACGUCUCUGGAUGAAAUGUACAAAAUUGUAGAACAGUGUCUAGAGGAAUACAAUAAUACACAUAAAAACAGGAUGAAUCUUGUUAUAUUUAGAUAUGUGCUUGAACACUUGUCCCGAAUUUGUCGAGUUUUACGUAUCCCAGGAGGCAAUGCUUUACUGGUGGGAGUGGGUGGUAGCGGACGUCAAUCUCUGACCAGGCUGGCUACUGCUAUGGCUGGAUACAAUCUGUUCCAGCCAGAAAUCUCUAAAAAUUAUGGCAAAGUAGAAUGGAGAGAGGACAUUAAGUCUGUAUUGACAAGCUGUGGAGCCCAGGGAAAGACAACUGUGUUCCUGAUCACAGACACUCAGAUUAAGGAGGAGUCCUUCUUGGAGGAUAUUGAUAACUUAUUGAACACAGGAGAAGUCCCCAAUCUGUUUGCUGCUGACGAGAAAGCAGAAAUCAUGGAGGCUGUAAGACCACAUGCCCAGGCUGGAGACAAGAUGGCUGACUUCAGUCCCUUGGCAUUGUUUGCCUUCUUUGUAAACCGUUGUCGUGAGAACCUACAUAUCAUCAUUGCCUUCAGUCCUAUUGGAGAUGCCUUCAGAAACAGACUAAGACAGUUCCCCGCCCUCAUUAACUGCUGCACCAUUGACUGGUUCCAGACUUGGCCAGAUGAUGCCUUGGAGAGAGUAGCCAAUAAAUUCUUGGAGCAGGUCGAGCUAGCAGACAAUGAACGUAAGGAGACCACACACAUUGUCAAGUAUUUCCAUCAGAGUACCAUCAGAUUGUCUGAUAGGUAUUUCUCAGAACUGGGCCGACAUAAUUACGUCACUCCUACAUCAUAUCUGGAGUUGAUCAACUCUUUUAAGAAUUUACUGUCCACGAAGCAAGAUGAGACCAUGAAGGCCAAGAGGAGAUAUGUGGUGGGAUUAGAGAAGCUGGCUUUUGCUGCUUCACAGGUAGCUACCAUGCAAAAAGAACUUGAGGAACUACAGCCUCAGCUGGUGGUGUCCCAGGAGGAGAACGCCAAGAUGAUGGUGGUCAUCGAGAAGGAGUCGGUAGAGGUGGAGGCCACCAGUAAGGUGGUGCGAGCAGACGAGGCGGUGGCCAACGAGCAGGCCGCUCAGGCUCAGGCCCUCAAGGACGAAUGUGAGGCAGAAUUAGCCGAGGCCAUUCCUGCUCUGGAGGCUGCCUUGGCUGCCUUGAACACACUCAAGCCACAAGAUAUCACCAUUGUGAAGUCUAUGAAGCAGCCCCCAGCUGGUGUCAAGCUUGUCAUGGCCGCUGUGUGUGUAAUGAAGGACAUCAAACCAGACAAGAUUAAUGACCCCGAUAAACCAGGACAGAAGAUCCUCGACUACUGGGGACCCUCCAAAAAACUGCUGGGAGACAUGAGCUUCCUGAGCAUGCUUAAGGAGUACGAUAAGGACAACAUCCCUGUCCAUGUUAUGCAGAAGAUCAGGAAAGAGUACAUUUCUAACCCUGAGUUUGACCCUGCUAAAGUGGCCAAUGCCUCCUCUGCUGCAGAGGGUCUGUGUAAAUGGAUCAUGGCCAUGGAAAUCUACGACAGGGUAGCCAAAGUGGUGGCCCCGAAAAAGGUCAAAUUAGCCGAGGCCGAAGCCGAGUUGAAGACAACCAUGGACCAACUGAACAAGAAACGUGCUGAACUGGCAGCUGUAGAAAAACGCUUGGCUGAUCUCCAGGCCACGUUCAAAGAGAUGACUGACAAGAAGGAACAGCUGGAAUUCCAGGUGGAUCUUUGUGGAAAGAAGUUGGAGAGAGCCAAGAAGCUGAUUGGUGGACUUGGAGGAGAAAAGGCUAGGUGGACUGCAGCCGCAGAGAAUUUACAGAACAUUUAUGAUAACUUGGUGGGUGAUGUCUUGAUAUCGGCUGGUGUCAUCGCGUACUUGGGACCUUUCACUAUGGCCUUCAGAGAACAGUGUACAGUGGACUGGGUGAAAGUCUGCACAGAUAGACAAAUCCCUUGCUCCCAGGAAUUCUCUCUCAGCAAGACUCUUGGAGAGCCAAUCAAAAUCCAGGCCUGGAAUAUCUUUGGAUUGCCAAGAGAUAGUUUCUCCAUUGAUAAUGGUGUCAUUGUAGCCAACUCAAGGAGAUGGCCUUUGAUGAUUGACCCUCAAGGUCAGGCUAAUAAGUGGGUCAAGAACAUGGAGAAAGAAUUCAAACUGUCAGUGAUCAAACUGACCGAUUCUGACUACAUGAGGACCCUGGAGAAUUGUAUCACCUUUGGGAACCCCUUACUGCUGGAGAACGUGGCAGAGGAGCUGGACCCCUCCCUGGAGCCUCUCCUUCUGAAACAAACAUACAAACAAGCUGGAGUUGACAUGAUCAAGAUUGGUGAGAAUGUGAUUGAGUACAGUAAGGACUUCAGAUUCUACAUCACCACUAAACUGAGGAACCCCCACUACCUCCCCGAAAUCGCAGUCAAAGUGUCCCUCCUCAACUUCAUGAUCACCCCAGAGGGUCUGGAGGAUCAGCUGCUGGGAAUUGUGGUCGCUAAAGAAAGACCAGAGUUAGAAGAGGAGCGUCAGGCCCUGAUUGUACAGAGUGCCGCCAACAGAAAGGCCCUGAAGGAGAUUGAGGACAAGAUCCUCCACACUCUAUCUGCCUCCGAGGGCAACAUCCUCGAGGAUGAGUCAGCCAUCAAGGUCCUUGACUCCUCCAAAAUUCUCUCAGAUGAAAUCUCCAAGAAACAGAAGAUUGCGGAGGAGACAGAACAGAAGAUAGACACCAGUCGUAUGGGCUACCGUCCCAUCGCCAAGCACUCCUCUAUCCUCUUCUUCUCCAUCGCUGAUCUCCCCAACAUUGACCCCAUGUACCAGUACUCCCUGACCUGGUUUGUCAACCUCUACAUCAUGUCCAUCCAGGACAGCAAUAAAUCCAAAAUACUAGAACGUCGCCUCCGAUACCUCAAGGAUCAUUUCCAGUAUCAGCUCUAUGACAAUGUGUCACGCUCAAUUUUUGCCAAACACCGUGGUGUCUUUACCUUUAUACUGUGUGCAAACUUACUUUUCAAUAAAUCCAAGAUCUUGGAUCGGCGUUUGCGUUACCUGUCAGACCACUUUACAUACAGUCUGUACUGUAAUGUGUGUCGCUCCCUCUUUGAGAAAGACAAACUUCUUUUCUCUUUCAUUCUCUGUUCCAAUAUGUUGCUGGUGAAUCCAGCCAUCACUAACUUUGUGAGAGAGAAACUGGGUAAAAAGUUUGUGGAACCUCCACCCUUUGACUUGGCCAAGAGUUACCAGGACUCUAACUGCUGUGCCCCUCUCAUCUUCAUCCUGUCCCCUGGGGCUGACCCAACCAUGGCUCUCCUCAAGUUUGCUGAAGACAAGGGAUUCGCUGGAAACAAAUUCAACUCCAUUUCCCUGGGUCAGGGACAGGGACCCAUUGCUGCCAAGAUGAUCAGUGAGGCGAGACAGGACGGGUCAUGGGUCAUGUUACAGAACUGUCACUUGGCUGUGUCCUGGAUGACCCCUCUAGAGAAGACUUGUGAAGACUUCACACCAGAGAACACCCACUCAGACUUCAGGCUCUGGCUAACCAGCUAUCCAUCACCCAAGCCAUUUGAGAAGCUUCUCUUUGGUCUGUGCUUUUUCCAUGCCUUGGUUCAGGAGAGGAGGAAAUUUGGUCCCCUUGGAUGGAACAUUCCCUACGGCUUCAACGAAUCAGAUCUCAGGAUCUCUAUCAUGCAGUUACAGAUGUUUAUCAAUGAGUAUGACGAGGUUCCGUUUGAUGCCAUCAGCUACAUGACAGGAGAGUGUAACUAUGGUGGUCGCGUCACGGACGACUGGGAUCGACGCCUACUGCUCACCAUGCUGGCGGAUUUCUACACGCCUCACAUCAUCACUGAAUCCCGCUAUAAAUUCUCGCCCAGCGGGUCCUACUACUCCCCACCAAAGGGAAGUUACGAAGACUAUGUUGAAUUCAUCAAGUCCUUGCCCCUGAACCAGCACCCUGAGGUGUUUGGAAUGCAUGAGAAUGUGGACAUCUCUAAGGAGCUGCAGGAGACAAAGCUGUUGUUUGAUUCCGUCCUACUGGCCAGGGGAGGAUCUGGGGGUGGUGGGGGUGGGUCUACAGACGACCAACUCUACACCAUCGCGGGCGACAUCCUCAGCAAGCUGCCAAAAGAUUUUGACAUAGAAACAGCUGGUAAGAAAUACCCAGUGUCUUAUGAAGAGAGCAUGAAUACAGUGCUGGUACAGGAAAUGGAAAGAUUUAACAGGCUGUUGUCCAUUGUCCGCUCUAGUUUAGUCAAUUUACAGAAGGCCAUUAAGGGGUUGGUUGUCAUGUCUGCUGAGCUGGAAGCCCUGGCCAGUAGUUUACUGAUCGGUAAACUCCCCGCUAUGUGGGCCAAGAGGUCCUACCCCUCACUCAAACCUCUGGGCAGCUACAUCAAUGACUUCCUGGAGAGACUGAAAUUCUUACAGAAAUGGUAUGAUGAAGGCAAGCCACCCACAUUCUGGUUGUCUGGCUUCUUCUUUACCCAGGCCUUCUUGACAGGAGUCAUGCAGAACUUUGCCAGAAAGUAUACCAUCCCCAUUGAUACCUUGGCCUUUGAUUUUGAUGUUCUGAGUCAGGAGACGUCUGACAAAGCCCCAGAAGAUGGUUGCUAUGUUUAUGGAUUGUUCCUUGAUGGAGCCAGAUGGGACAAACACAAGGAUGUGUUAUCAGAACAACUUCCUAAGAUUCUGAACGAACCAUUACCCAUGAUGUGGUUCAUACCUAAAAAGAAAUUAGAGAUCGAUGAAUCGGACAAGAGAUAUAAAUGCCCCAUCUAUAAAACGAGUGAGAGGAAGGGCGUAUUGUCCACUACUGGACAUUCUACAAACUUUGUGUUAGCCGUGCUGCUGAACACAGAACACCCAGUCCAGCACUGGAUCAAGAGGGGCCUGGCAUUACUCUGUCAGUUAGACUCUUAGAAAUCUGUCUGUGUUACCCAGACUCUUGUAAAUGCUUAAUGGAAACUUUAUCAGUUAGCAUACAGAAAUGGACACUAUUUGUAAACAAGCUUGUCUGAUUUUGUGGUUGUUGAAUUUUUCAAUUAUGAAAUGUUACUUAAACAAAUUGUGAUAUGUAAAAAGAAAUGUAGAGGAAAGUUUAUUUUUUGUGUGAAUUCAUGUUUUAUUUUUAAAACUUUUUUGUCUUAAUUAAUUCUUUGCUGUGUGUAUAUUUGAAAGCAGAAAUUUAAUGUAUCACAUUACAUGUAUAAACUUUGAUGCAUUCUUCAGACCAAAAAAAAUGAGUUAAACUCUAUAAUUCACAGGCUUUGAUGAAGACUCUGCAUUUGUUUGAUAUUAAUAAAACAUCUUGUUUGAAGAGUGAACAUUAUGUAAAGAAAUAUUUAUUGAUGAUGAAAUAUUUUUGUAUUCCGUCCAGUGCUAUGUUCUGCUAUUUGUAACCGUCCAUGAUUACAAAACUUUUUUUGUGAUAACUCUUUUGUUGAGAAAACACUUAAUAUAUACAGUCACAUAUUUAUUUUCAAAAAGUUCUUUCAUAUUGAAAUUGUGUAAUGCUUGUAAGUUUUUGUUAAUUUUUUACACUAAUUUCCCAAUGUCUAACACAGUCAUUGUUAUUAUCUGUGAUAUGUGAAUAAAAUCAUUACACAUUCUU